AUGUUUGCCGCCGCUCCGGCAUCGGCAGCCGGGCUGCAGGUCACGCCGAUUUCGCUGGACAUUCCUGCGCAGGAGCAAAGCCAGGCCAUGUUCCUCAGCAACAGCGGCAAGACCACGCUGCGCGCGCAGGUCCGUGUGCAGGCGUGGACACAAUCCGGCGGCACCGAGAAGCUCGACGCCACGCGUGAGAUCGUCGCCAGCCCGCCCAUUGUCGAGAUCGCGCCCGGCGCACGCCAGAUGGUGCGCAUCGUGCGCCUGCAACCGGCGCCUGCCGCGCAGGAAAAAACCUACCGCCUCAUCAUCGACGAGCUGCCCGGCACUGAUGCUGCGCAACCAUCGGCUGCGGCCGGCCUGCAAUUCUUGCUGCGCUAUUCGGUGCCGGUGUUUGUAUUGCCGUCUGCGGCUGCAGGCAGUGCGGCCCUGGCUCCUGCAUCAGCGGCCAACGGCGCCAUGCCACUGGCAGAUGUGACCCGCCUCGCGGCCAGCGUCAAGGCCAGCGGCCCGGAUGCAUCGACGCUGGUCAUUGCCAACAACGGUGCGCGCCGCGCCAAAAUCAGCCAGCUCGCUUAUGUGGAUGCGCGUGGGCAACGCAACAUUCUUUUCCCGGGCCUGAUGGGUUAUGUGCUGGCUGGCCAGACCAUGCAGUGGCCGCUGCCCUUGCCCCUGCCGGCGCUGAAGUCCGGCGGUGCCUUCAAGGCAAAGUUCAAUGACGAUCAAGAAGAGCAGACACUGCCCCUCACUGAUCGCCCUUAG